AAAUCCCCCAAACUCUCCGGCGCACACAGGAAUUCCGCUCUCUCUCUCUCUACUUUUAAAUCUCCGCCUCAAAUUUAAAUCCCCCUUCUUCACCUUCACCAUUUUCAUUCCAUUCUUCCUGUAAAUCCCAUCCAUCAUCCUUGAGUCUCAUUCUCUGGUGCUGCUGCGGUACCAUGUCUCUCGGUUCAUCGUUGAAAAGAUCUUCUCCUUUGAUUUAUGGAUUAAACAGACAUCGUUAUCACACCAUUCGGUUGUUCCGAAAUCAAGCAGGAGAAUCAUCUUCAUCAUCAUCGUCGUCGUCGUCGUCGUCAUCUCCAUCGUCUCUGAAUUUGUUUCUUAAAUCAGUAUCUAUAAUUGCUGCUGGUUCUGGUUUAGGUUAUUGGUUUUCUAAUUCUUCUUAUUUCUCUUCUGCAAAAUCGGGUGCUAUUGCUUUUGCUGAUUGGACUACUCAAACAAAUCCUUCGGUUUUACAACAAGAUGAUUCAGCUGAUACUUCAGAGAAAAAGAAAUCUAAAUUCAUAUUUGGGGAUGCUUACAGGAGAAAGGUCUUCUUUAACUAUGAAAAACGCAUUAGGAUGAGGAGUCCUCCAGAAAAGGUUUUUGAGUACUUUGCAUCCUUCGUUACCCCUGAAGGUGAGGUUCUUAUGAGACCAGCAGAUUUAAUGCGGGCAAUCGUUCCGGUGUUUCCUCCAUCUGAAUCUAGUAAUGUUAGAGAAGGGUAUCUUAGAGGGGAGCGUGCCCCUGAAGGAGAGUUGAGAUGUGCUCCAUCAAAAUUUUUCAUGCUUUUUGACACAGACAAUGAUGGACUUAUAUCUUUUGCAGAGUACAUUUUCUUCGUCACACUACUUAGCAUUCCUGAAUCAAGCUUUUCCAUAGCUUUCAAAAUGUUUGACCUUGACUACAAUGGAGAGAUAGACAGGGAUGAGUUUAAGAGAGUGAUGACUUGGAUGCGAGCGCUCAAUAGGCAAGGAGCUCAUCACAGGGAUGGAAAGCGCACUGGUCUAAAAAUUAGUUAUCCUGUUGAAAAUGGAGGUCUGCUGGAAUAUUUUUUUGGCAAGGAUGGAACAUCAUGCUUACAACAUGAAAAAUUCGUUGAAUUUUUGAGAAAUUUGCACAAUGAGAUAUUGCUCCUGGAGUUCAAUCACUAUGAUUACAAGCGCCGAGGAACUAUAUCAGCUAAGGAUUUUGCAUUGUCCAUGGUAGCUGCAGCUGAUAUGAGCAAUAUAAAUCAGUUCCUUGCCCGGGUCGAUAAACUAGACAAUGAACCACAUCUCAGUGAGAUCCGCAUUACACUGGAAGAAUUCAUGGCUUUUGCAGAGAUACGUAAGAAAUUAGCUCCGUUGUCUUUGGCGAUCUUCUCGUAUGGGACAGUAAAUGGCUUAUUCACAAAGAAGGAUUUUCAGCGAGCUGCUUCCAAUGUAUGCGGUGUCACUCUCUCUGACAACGUAGUUGACAUCAUAUUCCAUGUAUUUGAUACAAAUGCUGAUGGGAAUUUAAGUGCGAAUGAGUUUGUGAAAGUUCUACACAGACGAGAAAGGGGAAUGGGCCAGACUGUUACUGAGCUUGGAGUCUUGGGCUCAGUACUGAAUUGCGCAUAAAACUGUUCUCUUAAACAGAUGCAUUUCCGAGGAUUGUAAAUUUGAGCACAUUGUACAGCUGGAGUUGUGGUUGUUCCAGCUUAUACACGGCCUUCUUUUCUCUCUACUAACUACGGCUAAUGGUAUUAAAGUAUAUAUAGAUAGAUGUUUUCUUUACUUUUCAGGGUGUUUUUCUUUUAAUGCCUGUAGGAGAGCAGUCAUAUUGCCUCCGUUCGGUAACCCAAUUGUACAGUGCCUGUGUGUUAUAUAUAUAUGAUUAUACGUACAUACAUUAAAUUCUAAACCUAAUGUAUAAUCUACGUUUCUAAUGUUUAAAACAUUAAAUGGCUCUCAAA